AUGGGGCGCGGCAUGAUGCAGAUCAACCCCAUGAAGGCGAACAAGUCGGCGGACAAUCUGUCCAGGGGCGUCGGGGCGCUCUUUGGGUUCCUCGCGGUCGUGCUCGUGGGCCUGUGUGUGCCCUACGACCCCGGGGAGGCCACCGCCCCUGGCGUCAACGCCACGAACGCGUCCAGCCCCGGUGCGAGCCUCUGCUCGGAGAGCUUCAACUCGAAUGCUAUCGCAGAGGGGGCGUUCAAGGCGCUGUGGAACACCGACUGGUCAGACGGCUUGGCCUACAACGAGUCGGCCUCCACGGCUCCUGGAGGCGGGGCCUCGGGCAAAGGGGGGGGGGCUCUCGCCACGUGUGGCACUCCAGCCGCCCCAACGCACCCCGGCAUAGAUCAGGCAUUGCGAAGCGUGAUGGUGCGUGGGGGGUGUGGAUGAUGAGUGUGGAGCGGGCGCGACAGCGCAAGCAG